CCCUGGCGGCUCGCCGUGCUGAGAGAGGUGCACUCCCGGAGGCUCGCGGAGAAGCCGGACACACGAGAUCGGGUUUCAGCUGAACGCUAAAUGCGCUCGCAGACAGACCGAAAUAACCCGCCAGGUCGCGGCGGCUAUAGGCUACGAGCUGAACCUGUGCUGAAAGGACACACAACCUUUAUGAGCCGUUUCCACGACCUGCCCCCGCAGAGAAGAACAUGGCAGUAUACAGACAUUGGUUGAAGAGAGACUGAAGUGACUUCUAAAAAGUUCUUAACUGACAUUUAGACUGAAGGAGACUUUCAUGUGUGGGGUAGACUGCCUUAUUAGCAUCCACUCCACAUCCACAGUAGGGUCGGCGUGAUGUCACUCUUUAUCACGGGUACACAUUCUACCAGCAGAGGGCAGUAGAGUGCUGAGGAGUGAUCGGCUGAGUCAUGGUCACAUGACCCCAGGGGGUUGAUGGGAAGUGUGUGUGUGUGUGUGUGUGUGUGUGUGUGUGUGUUGUGAGUGUGGUGAGUGUGUGUGUGUGUGUGUUGAGUGUGUGUGUGUGUGUGUGUGUGUGAUGGCGGCCUGUGCUUCCGGCUCCCUGCAGGUCCUCCUGGGCGCCCUGCACACACACCUGCUGGAGUGUAAGGUGUGUAUGGAGCGCUUCAGUUCCAGCGCAGACGAGGAGCCGGACCGGCGGCCCUUGGCCCUUGGCUGCGGUCACGUGCUGUGUGCCGAGUGUGUGAGAGUGUGUGUGCGUGUGUGUGUGUGUGCCGAGUGUGUGCGCCUCCUCAGCUCCUCCUCCUCCAGCCGCCGAACGCUCCACUGCCCCUUCUGCCGGCUGCCCAGCGACCCCGCCCGCGUCUCCGCCUGCCGGGCCCUCGCCGACCUCCAGGAGCUGCUGCAGGAGCACCAGAGCCGCCCCACUGCCUCGCCAGCGCCACCCGGUGGUGGGGAGGAUGCCCGAGGCGGGCCGCAGGACGAGGCACUGGAUGGGAGGGCGCUGCGCCUGGUGCGGGCGUUUGGGGGGUGGGGCACGCUGAUGAACCCCACGGGCGUGGCGCUCUUCAGCUCGGGGGCGCUGGCCGUGGUGCACGAUGGGAAGGAGAGGGUGCUGGUCUUCGGGCCGCAGGGGAGGCGUCUGCACGGGUUCGGCCAGAGGGGCGGGGCUGUUGGGGCGGGGCUGACACACCCGCUGGGUGUGGCCGUGCUUCCUGACGGACAGGUGGCGGUGAGCGACGCCGGAGACGCCGCGCUGAAGGUGUUCACGUCCCGGGGCGGAGCCGUCGGGGAGGCACGUGGUGAUUGGUUGCGGCUGCCGUGGGGUGUGGCGGCGGCGAGCGGCGGCGGCAGAGGUGUGCUGGUGGCUGAUGCCCAGGAGGGGGCGCUGUUCCGGCUGGAGGUGGACUCCGCCCGCGGGGGGGAGCUCAGGGGCAGGAGGGUGGUGCUGGAGGGGCUACAGAACCCACGAGCCGUCGCCUGCUGCCCCCGCACAGGGCACAUCGCUGUGGUGGAACACCUCUGGGGCAAUAGGCACACACACACCAGCCAGCACACACACACCUCAGAGCACACACACACCCCAGAGCACACACACACCCCAGAGCACACACACACCAGCCAGCACAUAAACCCUCCAGAACACACGCAUAGCAGCAAGCACACACACACCCCAGAACACACGCUCAUCCUGGAGCACACACACACCAGCAAACAUGCACACACCACUGGACACACACAGAGCGGCACACACACACACACACACCCCACUCGGCUGACGCUCUACAGCAGUGACCUCACGCUGCUUUACCAGAUAGACUCCUUCGGCCUCGGCCUCCGCACAGGAAGCCCCGCCCCCCCGCCCUGCCUGACCGCGGUGACCUUUGACUCUGCGGGUCACCUGAUCGCCGCUGACGCCCGCUCAGGUGUGGUCUGGAGCCUCGGCAGGCCGUGGGAGGACCGGCCACUCGCCCUGACCCCGCUGGUCAGCGACGGACUCGUCCGGCCGGUGGGCUUGGCGGUGACCGGAGACACUCUCGUCGUACUGGACAGCGGAGACCACGCAGUGAAGAUGUACUCCAGCCAGCCAGACCUCUACUCAGCCCCAUACUAAACCCAGACCUCUACUCAGACCCAUACUAAACCCAGACCUCUACUCAGCACCAUACUAAACCCAUACUAAACCCAGACCUCUACUAAACCCAGACCUCUACUCAGACCCAUACUAAACCCAGACCUCUACU